CAGUCGUGGAGUAAGCGUCAUCAUCAUAGUUCGUCAUUAUUGCGUUUCGACAUUGUUGUUGUUGUUAUUAUUAUUGCUGCGCUCUUUUCUUUCGUUUUGUAUUAUUUUUCGGUAUUUUUUUUUUUGUUAUUGUAGUGACGUUUUGCGCUUGGCUUAGAUUAAAUAUAAUUUGGAGUUAUUUGAAAGUGUUGUUGUUGCUGUUGUUAGAGUAGUUUCUGGUGUUCUUGUUCUACCACUUGCGGGGAGAGCGCAUGAAAACGGCGAGAUAUUUGUGUAAAACAUUUUUUUGGGCUUCCUGGAAAUCAUUCGUAGAAACCGUGCGUCAGUUUUGAAGUGUUUGUCCGUCGUGUCGGUGUGUCGUUGAAAUUAGGCGGAAACCGGAUUUGUUAGUCAUUGAUAAAAAAAAAUUAGAAAUAACAACAACAAGAAAACUAUUUAAUAGAUAUAGAGUCAGCGUAGUGGUGGAGUGUAGAGUGUAGAGAAGAUCAUUGAUUGAUGAAUAAAUAAUUAUCUUCAAUUAAGACUAAAAACUCACUGUGAUGGAAAUCUAGUCCUAAAUGCGUUUGAUUAUGAAAAUUACAUAUGAAUCCAGUACAAAAACAAACACAUAAAAAUUAAUAAAGCAACUCAGUAUGCAACAAACAACCAGCGCUAAUAGCCAAACUACAAACGACAACAACACAAGCACCACAGCCAACAACACCAACACAGCAGAUAGCAUAAUUGCAGCUGCAACAACACAAUCAAAUAAUAAUCGUAAUAGAAGACGAAAGCCACAAGAUAAAAUGGCACAACAACAACAGCAAGAACAACAACAACAACAUGUAGAGCACAGCGAUACGUCGUCGCCUGAUGUCAACAAAAACAAAGAUGCGAAUCUAAUGGAAACGGGUUGUGUACGUUAUGGCAAGUGCAAGUGGUUUAAUGUGGCCAAAGGCUGGGGCUUCAUAACACCACACGAUGGCGGACAGGAGGUGUUUGUACACCAGAGUGUCAUACAAAUGUCCGGCUUUCGUUCACUGGGCGAGCAAGAGGAAGUGGAAUUUGAAUGCCAACUAACCGAGCGCGGACUGGAGGCUACACGUGUGAGCGGCAGCAAAGGACACGACUGCACGGGCAGCACCUUCCGACCGCGCACGAAGAAGCGACGACGUGUGCGUUGCUAUAAUUGCGGUAAAUUUGCUAAUCACAUAGCGUCCAUGUGCCCGCAGGAACCGCAACCCAAACGCUGUCAUAUAUGCAAAUCCGAAGCGCAUUUCUUUGCCGAUUGUCCGAUGCGGCAGGAAUCAACUGCGAGUGCUGAUUCGGCGGCAAUAUCUAAUGAUGAUAAGAGCCAGUGCGAGGAUGCAGCCACGUGAGAGUGACAAAUGGGCAGUGGCCGUGGGAAUGCAAUAGAAGAAAGGCAAAGAAUUACCUCAACAUUUCAUCGAUUAAGUUUCUAGCCCCGUUGCAGUGCGCUUUAAUUUACCUCGUUUCGUCGCCAUUUUGUAGUAUUUGCUUUGGACCGUUCAAAGGCUCCACAGCUGAAGAAUGCUUAGUACAAACUUGAAGAACUAUCAACACAUUUUUUCAUUUACAUAUACAUAUAUUUACUAUAUAUUAAGAAGAAAUUUUUAAUUUAAGAAGUAAUUUUUGACAAUGAACAUUAAUGCUUAGUUCAAAAGACAUUUUUUAUGCAAAAAUUGUAAAAUGAUUAUUUAUUUUAAGUAUCCUUCAGGUAUCAUAUACUAUAACUUACUAUCAUACUAGAUUUUAUAUAUAUAUAUACAUAUAUAUUUACUUAAGCAAGCAUUUGCAUGCAAUUUAAUGUACAAUUACAAUGCCAUUUUUAAGAGUACUAGAUCUUAAAGAAAAACUGAACAAC